AUGGCUUCUGGAUUCCCGAAGAGAGAGGUCCUAGCUCGGCCUCUAAAACCAGCCAAAGAGCCUGAGAAACCUAAGCGUCUGACCUUCUUUGACUUCAAAGAGGUGGGUCUCAGGUUCAGGAAGAAGCUGGACAGCCCUCCGAAGACAAAGUUGCCCAAGACUGUCCAGCAGCCAGGCAAGAGUGCGAGCUCCAAGAACAAGCUCUGGCCACUCGGCAAGGCCAAGACCUUCCUUGAGCCAAGCCCAUCUGAGGUGGUGUUUCAAAACUAUGUCCUUGGAGAGGUCUGUGAAAUGCCCCUUCUUCUGAUGAACAGAGACAAGGUGACUCAGCUGGUCACGGUCACCAUGGACAGCUCACCUUAUUUCAAGUUGGUCGGUCCCAAUGGUGUGUGCCAUCAGGUGCCAGCGGGAUCGUUUUGUACCAUAAACAUCCUUUUCAUCCCUAAGGGGAACAAGGAUCUUUUCCUGCAAGAUCAUUUCCACGAACUUGUCUGCACCACCAAAAAGGAAACUCUCACUGUGCCAAUCCGGGCCAUUGGUGCCCGCCCAAUCUUGGACUUCCCUGACCAGCUGGACUUCUCGGAGUGCCCAGUCAACUACAGCACCCAGAAGACUCUGCUGGUUCACAACAGCGGUAACCUGGAAGCCCAUUUCAACCUCAGCACUGAGAGCCCUUUCACUGUCAGUCCAGCCUCGGGAAACCUCGGGGUUGGUGAAUCCAUGCAAGUGACAGUGGAAUAUCGCCCGCUGGAGACCGGGGAUCAUUCCAGACCCCUGGUGGUGCACUGCGACAUAG